AUGGCUCCGACUGUCCAAACGUGUAAUCCUGUACUGGUGUGCGACCCUGUCCUCCUGUGUGACCGAAGUGACUCCGUGCUGGCGAGCGACCCCGUCCAAGCGAGCGAUCCUGUUCCACCACAGAAUCUCUCGUUCGUGCUCGAAAAGGGGGGAGCAGUCAAGUUUGAAGAUCGUCCUGUGCCUGAAAUCAAGGACCCACAUGACGUGAUCGUGAACGUCCGCUACACGGGAAUCUGUGGCAGUGAUGUGCACUACUGCACGCACGGCUGUAUCGGCAAUGGCCAUGGAGCCGGGUGUGCCGUGCCGCCGUUGCGUCCGCUGUCUCGAGGGAAACUACAACUUGUGUCCGGAAAUGGCGUUCGCAGCCACGCCGCCGUACGACGGCACACUGGCCAAGUUCUACCGCAUGCCGGAGACUUCUGCUACAAGCUGCCGUCCAACGUCAGUAUGCAAGAGGGAGCGAUGCUCGAACCCACAGCCGUGGCCGUUCACUUCUGCCGUCUGGCCAAGGUGUCCCCGGGUCAGAAAGUCGUCGUGUUUGGUGUCGGUCCCGUGGGUCUGUUGACCUGCAAAGUGGCUCGUUACGUGUUCGGAGCCACAACAGUCGUCGGCGUGGACGUCAAUGAGAAACGUCUCGCGGUCGCCAAGGAACACGGCGCGACGCACGUGUAUCAGGGAAAGUCCGGCGUGACACCACAGGAGUCGGCCGAGCAGAUCAUUGCCGAGUGCGGACUGGGCGACGGGGCCGACGUCGUGAUUGACGCGAGUGGAGCGGAGCCCUGCAUUCAGACGGCAAUCUACGUCGCACGCAGCGGUGGCACGUUCACGCAGGGAGGUAUGGGCAAGACAGACAUCAUGUUCCCCAUUGGCAUCAUGUGCGGCAAGGAGCUCCUCGUGACCGGCAGCUUCCGGUACUCUGCGGGCGACUACCAACUGGCGCUCGAUAUGGUUGCAAGUGGGCAGCUGAACGUCAAGGGUCUCAUCUCGAAGAUUGUGCCGUUCGAGGAAGCCAAGGAGGCUUUCGACAAUGUCCAGCGCGGUAACGGCAUCAAGUGGCUCAUUGAAGGACCCAAAUGA